AAAAAACUCAAAUCCCUGAAAUAUUUAAAAUUUGUUAGGGUUAAAACAAAAUCGAAUUAGGGUUUUACGAGAGUAGCGAGCGUAGUAGAUCGGAAUCGGUGUUCGUGUUCGUAGCUCUCCGUUCUCUUCUCUGAGUUCAACGCCUCUGCAUAUUGCAACAGCUCAUAGCGUCUCUACCACCCAGCUACCAUGGCGAGUACCAAAGUUCAGAGGGUUAUGACCCAACCCAUUAACUUGAUCUUCAGGUUUCUUCAAAGCAAAGCUCGUAUUCAGAUUUGGCUUUUUGAGCAAAAGGAUUUGAGGAUUGAAGGAAGAAUCAUUGGUUUUGAUGAGUACAUGAAUUUGGUUUUGGAUGAUGCUGAAGAAGUAAACGUCAAGAAGAAGAGCAGAAAGACAUUAGGGAGGAUCCUUCUUAAAGGAGACAACAUAACUUUGAUGAUGAACACGGGGAAAUGAUGUCGAGCCCAUGUUCUAUCCAACAAGAAGACUGAUUUUAUCUUUACAUUUUUCAUGUUAAUAUGCUGUGUGAAAAAUGUAAUGUUGGCAAUAUGAAUUUUUAUACUUGGUUGUUCCUCUUAGAUAUGUCUUCUCGUUGCCUGUAUUAAUGUCGAGAUUCCAAAACCAACUGUAACACCGAUAUUGUAAACAUUCAAUUAUCAUCAUCGUAGUGAAGUAGUCGGUAAUUGACAUUCUUAA